CCAGACCCUGAUAAAGGGGCUCCGCUGGGGCAAGGCCCGGGGGCGUGCUCCAGUCCACGGAGAAUCGCAGAGCGGGAGUUAUGGCGACCUACGUGCAACUGAGCCCUAAGGCCAAGAUGCCCAUCCUGGGGCUAGGCACCUGGCAGGGUUUAUGAUGUUACUUGCUUCCAUGGUGACAAAUUGGGACUGCAAUUACAAGAAUCACUCUUACCAGAGGAGUGUGUUUAUGUACAAAAAUACAUUAAAACAACAUUAAAGCUGGCAAUGUGAUCACACAGAGAACAACAAAGAUCACCCUGUGUGUACAUUGUUUUAGAACAGUUUUAUGCACAGUAAAAAAAGAACUCAUAGUUAUAGGAAAAUACUUGCGGUUUCUACCUAUUGUAUUGUAUUGAUGGCUCCUCCAGGGAAAGUGGAAGAAGUGGUGAAGUUUGCCAUCGACAUUGGAUACCGCCACUUCGACUGUGCCUCUUUGUACAAGAAUGAGAGUGAAAUAGGGGAUGGAAUCCAGCAGAAAAUCAAGGAAGGGGUUGUGAAACGGGAAGAUCUUUUUGUUGUCAGUAAGCUGUGGUGCACGUUUCAUGAGCGAUCCCUUGUGAAGGGGGCAUGCCAGACGAGCCUUGCUGCACUGAAACUGGAUUAUCUGGACCUCUACCUUAUUCAUUUCCCUAUGGGAUUCAAGGCUGGUGAGGAGAUGCAUCCUGUAGAUGACAAUGGUAUGGUUGUCCCCAGUAACACGGAUAUUCUGGACACAUGGGAGGCUAUGGAAGAGCUGGUGGAUGCAGGUCUGGUGAAAGCCAUUGGAAUCUCCAACUUUAACCACAAACAGAUUGAGAGACUCCUAACCAAACCUGGUUUAAAAUUCAAGCCUGCCAACAACCAGAUUGAGUGCCACCCAUACCUUACCCAGGAGAAGCUGAUUAAAUAUUGCCAAUCCAAAGGGAUCUCUGUGACUGCAUACAGUCCCCUUGGCUCUCCUGCCAGGCCAUGGGCCAACCCAGGGGACCCUACUCUUCUAGAGGACCCUAAGAUUAAAGAGAUUGCUGCUAAACACAGCAAAACCUCUGCUCAGGUUCUGAUCCGGUUUCACAUCCAGAGGAAUGUGGCAGUGAUUCCUAAGUCUGACAAACCACACCAUAUUGAGGAGAACUUUAAGGUGUUUGACUUUGAAUUGACUAAUGAGGAGAUGGAAACCAUCCUCAGCUUUAACAGGAAUUGGAGGGCUGUUGAAAUGCUAAUGGCUGUCAAUCACAAGGAAUAUCCAUUCAAAGAAGAUUAUUAAAGCUGGUGUUUCCUUGGCAUCUCUGGCUAUUAAAGUUGGAGCCUCCUUCUGCUCUGACUUGUUCUUCUAUACUGAUUGUGUCCUUCAACUGUUGUCUGCCCUUUUACCACCAGACAUGUGGGUUGAAGGAAGAAGAAAUGUAUAUAAAAGCUAAAGAACAAAUAUUAACACCUUUAGAGGGGUUACCUUUUUAUCAACAGGUUGGAGGUACUGCUUUUUGCAAGACUACCGAAAAAAAGUUAACUUUAAUUCCUCUUUUGUUUACUUUGUAUAUUAAAUUCCACUUCCCAUCUAGUCACUUGAGGAGGAGUUCAAGGUAGGUUAAUACAAUGUCAGUACAUUAAGAGAUGCUGUAUUAACUAUGGAACUCUUUAUACAGUGGCUUGUAUGCCACUUGUCUGAUUGUUCCAGCUGGAUAACUGUCCUGUGCCUAAUGUAUCAAAGACAUUAAACAAUUCAGAGUACAAUUA